AUGCGAAUGUCACUUUCGGUUCUCAUCCCGGAUGUCUGUUCCCAACACAGGAAACUACCUCGGAGGCUGCUGUGGUGAAGGUAAAAUGUUAAUACAGCAGUGUAUUUCUCACAAUGAAACGAUGGAACGGAACAAAGGACUCACUUUACAUAAACUUUUAUCUAUGGAUGAAUAUUGUCAUUGUUAUGCAGUCAGAUGGGCUCUAGUCUUCUAGUCAUUGGUGGUCAUAGCCCAUAGGAGAUGUUGGUAGAUGGUCAUUGUCAUUGACCAUCGUCACAAUUCAUCGUCACAUGGUCAUAUGAUAUAGUUCGUACUUUUUGUCAACGAUGAUGCAUUUUCCAAUCGGGUGUUAAAGACCAGCGGAAGGGGAAAAGAAAGGAAACAUGAGCGAUGGCAACGAGUGACGAGAAUUGGUUUCUUGACUUGUUUACAAUGACUUAUUUAGAAACAUAACGACAUUGGGCGCUUUCAUUCUCAUGUAUACAUUGGUUGUAGAUUUUAUGAAUUUUCAGGCGGCAGUGUCUGAGAGUCGCAAUCCCAAACGGGUGCCAUUGGCACCAACGUCUGAUAGAAUACAAUCAGAUUCUAGAGUCGAAAGAGCCACUCCGUUGUGCGAAAAUGAAUGGCGUUCCUUCUUCAACGACGAUGGGCGCAUUUUAAACGAAUCUGCAUUGAGGAAAGCAAUAUUUAAAGGUGGCAUAAGCAGCUCAAUCCGAUCCGAAGUCUGGAUGUUUCUAUUUGGAUUUUAUUCUUUUAGCUCGACCUCAAGGGAAAGGGAAGUUAUAACGAUAGAACGUGAAGUACAAUACGAAGUUUUAAAGGAGAAAUGGAAUAAAGAGAUAGAAAAUGCUCUCGAUAAAGACGACGAACGUGAGAGAUUCUUCAAUCCCGCUUAUUGUUCAAAGAAGGACAUAGAUUUAAAUAGUGACAAAAGAUGCUUGUCUGUUGAACUACAGCAACAGUCGAUGUUUGCAAAGAUUGAAGCACAGAUAAAUGUUAACAAAAAGACGAUAAAUGUCUCGCAGAUGCGCCAUCAUCUGCGAACGAUAGACAAAGAUGUACCAAGAACGGAUCGGAACUUGAAAUUUUAUCAAGAUCCGAAAAACCUCGUCGCUUUAAGAAAUAUUCUUCUCACUUAUGUUGCAUUUUCGCCAGAUAUCGGAUACACGCAAGGAAUGAACGAUCUCGUCAGCAGGUUUCAUGUUGUCCUCAAAUCCGAGUAUAAAACCUACUUUUGUUUUUUAAAUUUCAUGGAAAGAGUCGAGAAAGAGUUUCUGGAAGACGGCAUGAUUAACAAAUUAGAACUUAUUCGGGUGUUACUGAAAAAAAUGGACCCGGAAUUAUAUGAUUUUUUCGACAGUCUUGAUGUGAAAGAAAUGUUAUUUUGUCAUAGAUGGCUUUUGUUGAACUUCAAACGAGAGUUCGACUAUGAGGAUUCGUUGAGGAUUUUCGAAAUAAUCAGCAGUCAUCAUCUCGAGCUUUGGUCUUUGGAGGCGGAAAAGGAAAGACGACACAAACGCGCCGAGGAGCUAAGAAGUGAAGGUUACACACACCGACAUUCGUUCACAGUGAAAUCCGUCGUCAAUCCAGAGUUCACGUUCGAUCUGUUUGUUUGUCUGGCCAUAUUGGUCUCCUAUCGUUCUGAACUAAGCAAAUGCGCUGAUCUUUCAAUGAUUUACAAUGCUGUGAAUUGUUUAUCCAUGAAUCUCAAUUUGGAUAAGAUGCUCGCCAAGGCCGAGUCGUUAUUCCUCGCCUAUUGUCGUAAUUCAGUCGUUGACUGCUUUCAGGUCGUUGGGCUGAAAGAGUAAUGUAUCUUGUCAGCAUCGCCAAGGCCAAGUCGUUAUUCCUCGCCUAUUGUCGUAAUUCAGUCGUAUACUGCUUUCAGGUCGUUGGGCUGAAAUAGUAAUGCAUCUUGUCAGCAUUGCUUGAUUUAAGAAAGGGUUUUUGAAAUGAAAUUUGGCAUUUUUAUGCCACGACGCCGUUUGUACUUUGAUUGCAAUAAAGUAUAUAUAUUAUUGCAACGUUCAUAAUUUAAUUUGAGUGGAGACUAAAGUAACUCGAAGUGUGUAGAGGAAUGAGAGUGUACGAUGGGUAGAGUGACCUUAAACACCGGCCAGGCGCGUGUUUUUGCACGUACAUUUCAGCAUUUAAUUCUGGAGCAUUGAGAAUUAACGUUUGUCUUACCUCAUACCGUGGAGUCAGAGGUUAUUUUCAGUCUCAGACACUUAUAUGUAUAAAGAUAACGCAACUUAGUGCUUGCUUGAAGCCAGGCGGCUGCCAUAUUGGACUAUCCACUUUUUCAGAGUGUUAUAUACGUUUUAUAUAACAAACUGCUACUCUUGCAUUUAUUUUGGAUCAUGCGAAUUACUCUCGGGACAAAAAAGAAUUGUGAUGAUAAGCCUAUAACAGAACGGUUUUAAGCAAAAACUCAUGUUCUCUAAAUUUCUUAUGGAAAUCUUCAUACGUUGUUUAAAUAUCAUAAUAAACGAUUUGGCAUGAUUUCAGUAAUAUAAAUUAACAAAAAAUACAAAUCACGAGAAAAAUUCAUUAUAAAAUAUAUACUAGACGUGGAUAGUCCAAUAUGGCCGCCACUGUCAAAAGCUGGCUUCAAAAUUUUCUAGGCACCAGAAUUAGGUUACGUUAUCCAGUAUUUUUAUAUAUCAGUGGUCUCAGAUGAAAGGGUGAGUGUCAAAGUAAUUUGUUUUAGUUUGAGCUAUACCAAAGUAUAGAGAACAUACAGUAGAGUCACACCAUUGAAUUUUUUCGUGCCACGCAUAUCUUAUUACGUAUGUGAUUACCAUAUAGGCAGCUAGUAAAUUGCAUUUUGUGACCAAAGGAUUGAAGAAAUGGCAAACGGCAGCCAGUUGCACAGCGAAGUGGCCCUACUGUAUAUUCCUAUACUAUGGCUAUACCAUGCCUCUCCACGCCUUCGCCUUUCUCUCCUAUAUAAAUUACGAACGCUCCAUACUAAUGAAUGUUUAUUGAUGCAGUCCAAGAACAAUUAAUAAGAGAAACAUUUUGUGUAAGUAAAAAGUGAGGGGACGGGUUUCGUCGAACAUUAUGACUUGCAUUAUGCUGUUUCCGUGUAUAUUAAUGUUUGUAAAUACUUUGUCGAUGUUUUUCAUUGCAUUUUCUUCGUUUCAAAGUCUCGUUGAUUGAAGAAAUAAGAAACAUUUUUCUUGUUUGUAUGGAGAUAUAGAAACACGCGUGGAAACGCGCGGGAAAGUUUGAGAGAAACGAGAAAUCGGUUGGCAUAAUACGAAAGAAAUAUUCCUUUAUAAAAUGGCUUUUUAAAAACAAUAUUGAAGAGAUAAAUUUAUCGAUUUUAGUUACGUAUUGUUUAUAUUUUUGCCUUUAAAUGUUAAAUCUAGCAACAUGGGUUUAUGGAACAUUCGAGCAAUCAACGCUAGUGUUUUUCAAAGGCUACUUUAUUAAUAUUUUUAAUCCAUAUUCUCCCUCAUUACUACCAUACAACAUGUGUUAACAAUUAAAUGUCUUACUACACCAAA